UUGCCGGCAAAGCUCGUGCAACUUCGUACGCGAGACACGCGCCAGCGCUAAUUCUGAAAGAAACAAAAUCUCGUUAAGGUUUUCGUGAAUCGUGAUGCUAUUGUACUUCUGAUUAGCUCGAAUAAACACCGAAUUUUUCCGGGUGAAUGGGAGCGUUGAAGGGCAGGAUGCGUUCGGCUCUGUGGGUAGUCCUCACCGCGGCGUGCGCGCUCGCUGAUAACCAGAACAGACGGACAAAACUCCCCUACAUAGCUGAUGCAGUUGGCAACAGUCUGCCAGCACCAUCGAGUGUUCCAGCAACUGUUGGAAGUCCAGUUAAUCUACUCACUCCAGACAGAUAUGAGUUCUAUACAUUUGAUGAAUCUGGAGAACUAGUGAAAAGGCUGAUGACAUUAGAAGAAAUCCAAGCAAUAGUAGCAGCAGGAGAAGAAACUGAAGGCCUGGUCACUUUUGCAAAUGACAAUCAACCAACUAUAGCUUUUAAUUUUACUCAACCCUCACAAACAAAAGUUCAUAGCGUAGUUACCAAUGUACAAAAUGUCCUAAAAGCACAAAUGGAAGCUCAAAAAAACAAACCAAAUAAUAUACAACCUACAUUAGACACACCUGAUGUUUCAGAUUCUUGGAGUUUGAUAUUACCUUCAAUAUUUGGAAAUACUGGAGUAGAUAUUGUACCCGAUAAAACAUCUGGAUCCUUCAUUACACCUGAAACAGAAACGUUUGAAAUAGAUAAUUUAAAUGAUUACAAAAAUUCUCAAAGCAAGGAAAGUAAUGAAAUAUCUACUGUUUCUACGUCAGAGCAAAAUGAUGAUGCAAAUAUCAUCCCGACUAAAAAUACAGAAAAUCCUAUUUCAACUCCUGCUUCUAUAAAAAAUACAUCACCUGUUUCCUUUUCUCCAACAAAACUUUCCUCAACGACGGAAAAGCUUUAUUCAACUACUAAUACUACGACUAAGAAACCUGAAAUAAAACCCGCUAACAAAGUUACAACAAGUAAACCUCACAUAUCUAGUACAACUACAACGGCACGUACAACUACUUCUACUACAAUCAAGUCUACAGUAGAUACUUUAAUCAAUGAAAUUUAUAAAAAGCCGAAUAAGACGCAGGAAAUUUCUUAUAAUAAUGACAAAAAUACUUACAACAUAACAAAAAUUAAUCAAGAAUCGUUAUCAACAAAGGAACCAAUUCAGUACGAGAGAAUAAGCACAUUUUUACCCAAUUCCACAGCUGCCUAUAUGACUGAGAAAACAACCAAUAAACCUACAAUGAGUACUAAAAAAACAAAUAGUAAUGAAAAAAUUAACGAGAAUCUGUCUACAACUACAGUUUCUAGCAAAAUUGUAACAAGCACCACAUCAGCUCCUACAUCUAUUAAUAAACAUAAAGAAUACGAGAAAUUAAAUUCGACCACUAUAACAACUCAGUCAGUUUCUCCAUCGACAACUGUAUCUUCAACUGAAUUUAUAACUACCCAUAAAAAUUACGGGCUAACUGAUACUGGUAAGAUUGAACAAACAAUGAUUAAUGCCGAUAAAAAUCAAAAUGAUAAAGAUAAUCAGCCAAUAAUACCCAUGUUUGAUGUAGCUCAGAGUAUUAGCCAAAUAGCCUCCGAUCUUGGCAAUAAUUAUGUUCCUAUUCCUACCUCAAAUAGUUUUGUUGAUUCAACAAAAACUAGUAGUUUAGCAAUAGAAAGUAAAGAGAAUGUUGAAAUUGAAAUUCCAACGGAAUCGGAAGGUUUGAAUGAGAUAAAUAUUAACACGACAAAUAAUCCCGAAAAUUUCGUAAAAGUAUCAACCUUUGAUCCCCAAGAACAGAUAAAAAACAAAACUAAAGAAACCAUUGACGUACCUAACGAAGAUUCAAAUGUUACUGUUUCUACUUCUCCUCGACCUCUUUCCACACCAUUUAUUACAAGCUCAACAAGUAGUAAUAUUAUGGAUGCAGUCAUAUCAGAAUCAAUGGGUGACCUACUCUCGCAGGUUGUUCAUGAUAGUCCUAGCCCUACAUCCAUAAUUUACUCUCAAAAUAAGACACAGACUGCUGAAGUGGUAACUACACAAAGCCCUACACAAAUUACAAAAAUUCAAGAAUCUACAACUAAUCCAAAAGAAUCAGUCGCAACCACGAUUCUACCAUCAUCAAUCGUACAAAAUACAGUUACAGAAAAGUCUGAAGAUACAAAAAUAAAUAUAACUAAUAAAGCGAAUGUAGAAAAUAGUAAGUAUGAACCAUCUACCAUUAUAAAAAGCGACGUUAACAAAAUAAAAAUUGAAACCAGUACGUUAAAAGAAAAACUACAAAGCGAGCACCUCAAAAGUGAUACUUUACCUGGUAAUACAACAAACGAUAGCAUGUUAGAUUCAGAGAAGAAAGAAGACAAGAUAAUUGCUCCAAAUAAUCAGGACUUACCAAAUAAUAAUUUAAGUUCUAGUCCUCAUCCAGUAAAAAAUGAUUCAGCUACUGAAGUGAAAAAUGUUAGUUCUAGUAAUAAUAUCUACAAAUCGUCGUUGAUGGACAAAAUUGUUGCAAUUGAUAAGAUCCAAAAACAAAAGAUAAACGAAGAAUUACCGAAAAUUGAUGAUUUUAAAAAGAAAAUACAAAAAGUAAAUAUAGACGACAAGGAAUUAGCAAAUGAAAGAAAUAAUUCAUGGAAGUUAAUACCACCAGUAAAUCCACCCAAAGCAAAUGAAAUAGGAAAAGACAAGCACAAAGUUGAGGGUUUUUAUACGCCGGAAACGAAUGAAAAUAAAAAUAUUGUCUUAGAAUUCCCAAAAGAAAAUCAGGGCUUAGAAGUUACAACGAAAGAUUUAGGUGAUGAUAUUGUACAAUUUACAGAACUUUGUAAUGAAUUGGCUUUUCGAUAUUGGAAUGUAAUGGUUGAUAAUGUCGACAAAAAACGUAGUAUAGUUUUUUCACCAUACUCAAUAACAUCUAUGUUAGCGAUGAUGUUUAUGGGCGCAAAAGGGGCUACAUCAGGAGAAAUGAACGAAAUUCUAAAAUUAGAUGAUAUGGUAACAUUUAAUCCACAUUUUACUUUGAAAAAUAUAUCUGAUUCUAUUGAAACUAGUUCUGCUUCAGGAGUAGUUAUAUCUGCGUUUGUUAGAGAACUCUUCAGUGAAAGGAAUAAGGGGAAAUUGUUGACAUUCUACAAGGAACGUGCUCAACAUUUUUAUAAUGGACAUGUUGAAGAAGUUAAUUUCAAAUUAAUCAGCGAUGUAAUAAGAAGACGAACUAACCUUUUAGUGAAAAGAUACAGCUGGGGCAAAAUUCCGGAAUACUUGAAAACAAACAGCAUAAAGAUGAGUCCUCCACUUGCAGCAUUUUCAGCUAACCUCUUUUAUACCGACUGCACUGGAUCAUCUGUUGAAGCACGAGACGGCGAAAUGUACUUCGUCGUGUCACCCAAUGUCCGCCAAAGACGUUUGGUUCCAGUUCCCGCUGUAGUCUUCAAAAGCAAUUUCUUGGCUGGAUACGAUCCGGUUCUGGAUGCUACGGCUGCAGCAUUGGGAAAUACUAAUUCUGUUGUAAGCACACUCUUCCUUAUGCCGGGCCAACAAGGAAACGUCGUACAUGCAGAUGACUUAGAGAAACUUGAAAAACGCCUUUUGGAUGCUAGUCUGACUACUCCAGUGUGGAACGGUUUAUUGCGCACGUUGCUUCCUCGUAUCGGCCUUGAACUUCAAAUUCCAAGAUUCUCACACAAGUCAUUAUUUAACGUUUCAUCCACUUUGAAAAGGAUGGGUUUGAAAGACUUGUUCGAUCCAAGUCACGCAGACUUAGGUGGACUAAACGGCCCAUCGAAGGAUCUUUAUUUAUCUGACAUGUUGCAACUGACAACUUUCGCUACCUGCGCCGAAAGUGGUAUUGGUGGUCAACAUCACGUUGAGGAAUUUCCCGAUACACAGGAUUAUUUGCGCAAACGGAGAACAUCAAGAUGGAUUACGGGCUGGGACGAGCCGAGAGAUUACCAACGUGCUUUCCAUGAUCCUCAUGACGUAGGAGAGGCUUUGCAUUUACCGUUGCACCUUCGACCGAGACAAGCACGUCUUCCAGCAAGGAGUUCGCAACCAGCUCGAUUAAAAUUCGACCGACCUUUCCUAUACUUUGUUCGACACAACCCAUCUGGGAUGAUACUUUACGUUGGCCGAUACAAUCCAAGGCUUUUACCUUGAAGGCUCAAAAAGACUGCUAGUUUAGUUUAAUUUACUUAAUUCCUAAAAGGAAAGUGAUGAGGUAUACUGGCGCGUGUGAUAUAUUAUGUAUGUGAAAGUAAUGUCAUUUUGAAUUUACGUGACAGUAUUACUUAUUAGUUUAUUGGUAUGCAGGUAGUUCAGCACAUUGUUUACUUUAGAGACAGGGUUGAUCGUACCUCUAUACUAAUUGAAAAUGAAAUGUAUGUAGUUAGAAUACGGUAUUGCAUAUAAUACAGUGGAUUAUUAUGCGAAAAUUGUAAAUUUAAGUAAGUGGUAAAGUUUCAUAGCUCAUGACAUUUCAUUGUCAUCAUCCUUUAGUUAA